AUGGCCAAGAAACAGAAGAAGUCCUCUUCAGAAGUGCCCAAGAAUGUGGAGUUUAAGGAGCCUCAAAAGGAGGAGAGACUAAAGCCAGCUGGUCGUGGAAUGAAGCCCUCCCCAUCCCAAAACACUCUGAAUCGUCUGGAACGAGAAACGAUCGUAAUCUGGAAGAAGCCAAUCACCACAAUCUACUAUGCGCUCAUGGAAAUUGCCAAUCUCUCGAUUGAGCUCUUCUUGAAGAUCCUCUCCCACAAGUUCCUCCUGGGCCUCUUCUUCAUUUCUCUCGGUCUCGCUAUCUAUGGCUACCGUACCCCGGGCGCCCAUCAGGAGCAUGUGCAAACCAUUGAAAAACACAUUCUGUGGUGGUCCUGGUGGGUGUUGUUGGGAGUACUGUCGUCGAUUGGAUUGGGAUCCGGACUGCACACGUUCUUGAUCUAUCUGGGACCACAUAUUGCGGCGGUCACCAUGGCUGCCUAUGAAUGUCAGAGUUUGGAUUUCCCGGAGCCACCAUAUCCGGAGAGCAUUCAAUGCCCCUCGACAAAAUCCUCGAUAGCAGUGACAUUCUGGCAAAUUGUUGCCAAAGUCCGAGUGGAAUCCCUCCUCUGGGGUGCCGGAACAGCUCUAGGCGAGCUUCCACCGUAUUUUAUGGCUCGGGCGGCACGGAUUUCCGGUCAGGAGCCAGAUGAUGAGGAGUAUCGAGAGUUCUUGGAGUUGAUGAAUGCGGAUAAGGAGCAGGACGGAGAGCAGAAGCUUAGCAUGGGAGAGAGGAUUAAGAGUUGGGUGGAGCACAACAUUCAUCGUCUCGGCUUCCCUGGCAUCCUUCUCUUCGCCAGUAUCCCGAACCCCUUGUUCGACUUGGCCGGAAUCACGUGCGGACACUUUUUGGUGCCAUUCUGGAGCUUCUUCGGUGCCACACUGAUUGGAAAAGCGCUGGUUAAGAUGCAUGUGCAGAUGGGAUUCGUGAUUCUGGCAUUCAGCGACCAUCAUGCCGAGACAUUUGUCAAAUUACUCGAAAGUAUUCCCGCCGUCGGACCACACAUCCGCAAACCGAUUAGUGAUUUAUUGGAGAAGCAGCGGAAGGCGCUGCACACGACGCCCGGAGAGCAUAAGGAGCAGAGCACAAACCUGCUGGCAUUCGCUCUCUCCGCGAUGGUUACUGUAAUGAUUCUGUUCUUCUUCCUCUCCAUCGUGAAUUCACUCGCCAAGGACUAUCAUAAGCGUCUGUGGGAGCGGAAACGACGACUGAAUAAGACUUUGACGGAUGAGGAGAAUCAGAAGUUAGAAGAAGAAGAAGGAGAAGAUGUGGAUUCUGAAGACGUGCCUCCAUCGAUUACGGUAUCAUCGAUGUGUCCAUUGUUAGGAAACGAAGAAUCCAAGGAGAAGGAGCUAUUUGAAGGCGUUACUGUUUGA